AUGACAGUUGAAGAGACACAAACACAUCCAUGCAACAAAAGAAAGACACUAAAGAGGAAGAGGAUACAAAAUGAUACACAAAUUUUGACACCUAGUGCAUCGAUUGAUCAAAUAGAAGUUGGCAUUUUAUUCAAAGACAAAGAUACCGUGAAAAAGUGCAUGAAUAACAUUGCAAUUACUCGUCAUCAACAGUACAAGGUAGAAAAGUCAUGCACGCAACGGUAUUACAUCAGAUGUGUUGACCCAACUUGCAUUUGGCGUUUCCACAGUUUAAGGUCCAGAGGAUCAGAACUUUUCAAAGUAGUUAACUUUGAAAAGAGACAUAGUUCAAUAAAUUUCAUCACAUCUGACAUGAGGAAUGCAACUUCAAAAGUCAUAGCGGAAUACAUUACAGACCUAGUACGCCAUACACUACAAGAGAUAACACCUAAAUUUGUCAUUGAAGAAAUGAGAAGCAGAUAUGGCUUGCACAUUAGUUACCACAAAGCGUUUGCUAACAUCAAAUGGACCGCUGACAAUGAGUUUAAGUAUGCUUUUUUCGCUUAUGGAGCAUCAAUUGAGGGUUGGAAACACUGCAAACCAGUAAUGAUAGUGGAUGCAACCUUCUUGAAAUCAAAAUACCGCGACUCUGAGAAUAAUGAAUCCUAUAGGUGGUUCUUCAGACACGUGAAAAAGGUGUUUGGCACGCGCAAAGACCUAUCAAUUCUUUUCGAUCGCCACACAUCAAUUACAACUGCAAUCAAAGAACUGUAUCCAGAUACCCAGCAUGGAAUAUGCAUCUACCACAUGGAGAAGAACUUGCAGAAAUAUUUCCCAUCCGAAGCGAUCCUAUCACUGUUCUACAAUGCAGUAACUACCUAUAAACAGGCAGAGUUUCGUACCUAUAUGUCACAGAUACAACAAAUCGACCCAAAAGCUGCAGAAUACAUAGAAGAAGAACCACCGGAAAUAUGGGCACGUUCAUUCCACACCAACAGGCAUUACAACAUGCUCAUAACAAACAAUGUCGAGACAAUGAAUUCUGUAUUGAGAAAAGCAAGGGAGUUGCCAAUAAUGGUAGAAAACAUAACUCCUAUCAAAUUUGUUGUGAAAGAUAAAGGAUAUCAAUACAAUGUAGACCUGCAGAAUAUGACUUGUGAGUGCUUGGAGUUCCAAACUAACGAGUUACCGUGCACACAUGCCAUGGCAGUUAUAGACAAAAGAAGUUUGCCAAAAUCUAUAUACUGUGCAGACUGGUUCAAGAAACAAGCCUGGCAAGAGACAUACAAAGGUGAAAUACUAUCAGUUGGAAAUCAAGACUCAUGGAUUAUUCCACAAAACAUUAUGGAUAUUAAAAUAACGCCGCCUGAUGUUAAAAUAAGACCUGGAAGAAAACAAACAAAAAGAUAUCGCUCAAGAAGAGAAUCGACAAAGUACACAUACAGAUGUGGUAGAUGCAAAUUCUUUGGACACACUAGGGCAACCUGUAUAACAGUUUUUGCCAAGAAAACAAAUUGGUAUCUCAAAGACUACAUCCUGGUCUUCCGUUUACAAAAUAAAUAA